AUGCCCACCUUCGAAUCCGGCUUCCGCAAGUCUCACUCGGAUCCGGCUCUGUUAUUUAGUCCCAUGGCUGCCGUAUUUGCGACAGCGUUCCAAGGCAUGGAUCGACAAGAGUCGCAACAAAGAGGGAUGCAAACUGCCAUUCAUCUGCUCAAAAGCCAGACCAUUGGCUUUGACGGCACACCUGCGGCCACAGCAUCUCCCACAGAGGACCACAAUCAGGAUCUCGAAAACCUCAAGCAGCGCGUGGGUCGCGUGGAACAAGACCUCAACCUUGUCUCCCUGGUCAAGCGUGCUGAGGUGACGGACGGCAAGCUCAACCAGAUGUCCGACACUGUUGCAGACAUUGGGGGCAACCUCAAGAAGCUAUUCGACAAUCAAGUCGAGCUUGUUAUCAAGCUUAAGAAUGUCGAGCGCGCAGUCAACGCAAUUUGCAAGACUGUUGCGCUCCUCGUUGGCCUGAUCAUGGCCAUUGUUGUCGGCUUGUUCGCUGCCCUUGUCAUCUACAGAUAA